CAGUCCUGGACUGUGUGUGUCGGUGUUGUGUUGCAGGGCUGCAGGCCGGUGACAACACCCUGAACGUUGUGUGUUCUCUGCGAGCGGCCCGGACUCUGGUGUCCGGAAGGUUCUCUGAUGUUUCCUGUCCGGAGGCUCGAGCCGCCGUGCUGGCCGACUACGUCCACUUCCUGACCACGCCCGGCUCGCACAGCGACUCGUACGCCGAGUCCUUCCACCGAGCGUUCUUCUCCGACUGGCAGGACGACCGGCCGACGACGCCGGGCGACAUCCUGCUGUUUGCGGAGAACCGUUCGCGGCUCAAGCUCAGCUCUUCGGUCCCCGACAGUCAGCUGGACGCCAUCGGCUGCCUUCCCAUGAUCCUCCCCUUCGUCCUGCUGUCGGCUUCAGCCAAUGAGGAGCGAGCUGUGUCGGCGGCGGUGGAGUUCGUGAAGCUCACCCAUCCCCACCCCAAAGUGCCCGACUACGUGUCCAUCUACAGCCGGGCGCUGCACGCCGUGGUGGGCGGAGCCAGCGUCCGCCAGCAGGCCGAGCACGCUCUGAAGGUGCUGGACGCCUGGGACACCUGCCAGAGCUUCAUGCGGAAGGCAGCCAGGCUUCCUGGUUCCUCUGAGGACAGACUGAAGGUCCAUCAGAACGCUGUGAACCACCUCGGCCUCGCCUGCUACACCAAAGGAGCUCUGUCCAGUUUGUUCUACUUGGCCCAUGAGUUCCACGACGACCUCCGAGGAGGAAUCCUGACGAACACCAACUGCGGAGGUGAGAACUGUAACCGCGGGGCGGCGCUUGGAGCGCUGCUCGGUGCCGCCGGGCCUGGUACUGGCACCGGCGUCCCUCAGCAGUGGAAGGACGAACUGAGAGACGGCCAGGAGUUCAUCCCCGACAUCCUGAAGGAGCUGCAGUGAGGGCGCCGCCCCAGAGGGCCGGAGGGGAACAGCAGCCUCAGAGACCUGCCUGUUUACAAUGACUCGGGUUUCUCCCUGGUCCGGGACUCGGGUUUCUCCCUGGUCCCCCGUGUUGUGCUCCUGUUUCAGGACCUGCUUCAUGUGUUUUGGUGUUUGUGUGAUGGAAUAAAAUGUAAAGUAUUAAGCAGCAAA